AAGAUUGAAAUUUAUCAACCAUGUCUAAAGGUAACCGGGUUCAUCUGGAUAAGCACCAAAUGCAGCGCCUGGAAGAGAUGUGCAUUGUUGUUGAUGAAAAUGAUUCAGUGAUUGGUUCAGAGACCAAGUGGAACUGCCAUCUGAAUGAAAACAUUGAAAAAGGGCUUAUUCACCGCGGUUUUGCUGUUGUGUUGUUCAAUACAGAAAACAAGCUGUUGUUACAGCAGAGAGCUGAUACUAAAAAUGUUUGUCCAGGGAGUUUUAGUGACAGUUGCUCGAGUCAUCCAUUAUAUAAACCACUGGAAAUGGAAGAAACUAAUGCCCUUGGAGUACGGCGUGCCGCUCAGAGGAGCUUACAUGCUGAAUUAGGAAUUCCCCUUGAGCAGAUACCCCUUGAUGAUAUUAGUCUUGUAACAAGGAUGUACUACAAGAUUAAAUUGGAUGAGGUUUGUGGAGAGCAUGAAAUUGGUUACCUUCUAUUUAUGAGGAAGGAUGUCACUUUGAAUCCAGAUCCCAGAGAGGUGAAAAGUUACCGUUACGUUACAAAGGAAGAGCUAGAAGAACUCUUGGACAAAGGAACCAAGGGUGAAGCUAAGGUUUCUGGAUGGUUCAGAAUAAUUGCCGAGAAUUUUUUGUUUCAAAUGUGGGAUAGGUUACCUGAUGUAGCUCCACUCUUUGAACCUGAGAAAAUAUACAGAGUAAACUAUGAGUGA